AUGAAAGCCGUUGUCAAAAAGGAAUUAGGACAGGUCGAGUUGGUGACCAACCGACCAGUACCACAGCUCCGAGAAGGAUACCUCCUCAUCAGAACCAAAGCCGUGGCCAUCAAUCCCAUCGACUGGAUGAAAGCCGACGGAUUCCCCGCGCCGAAUACCCUGCUCGGGCACGACUAUGCCGGCAUCGUCGAAGAAGUCGGACCCGGUGUUACACGAGCAUUCACCAAAGGAGACCGUGUCUUUGGCUACACACUAGCCGGCGACUACCGCAACCCAGAGAACGGCGCAUUCGCCGAGUACAUUGUUGCGAAGGCUGACUUGCAAUACAAAAUUCCUGGGGGCGUGCCGUUUGAGAAGGCUGCAGCCUUGGGCGCAGCUGUCAUGACGGCGAAUAUGGCUUUGUUCUUGAAGCUUGAUUUGAUCGGGGAGCCGGACAGGGCGGAGCCGAACAGCAAAGGCGAGUUUGUGCUUGUCUACGGGGGUAGCACGUCUUCUGGUGCCAUGGCGAUCCAGCUGGCCGCACGAUCCGGAUACACGGUCAUCAGCACUUGCUCGCGACACAAUUUCGAGAGCGUGAAAGCACUCGGCGCCUCGCACGUCUUCGACUACAAAGAAGCCAACUGCGCCCAAGCCAUUCACCAGCUCACAGCCAACCAACUUCGCCUAGUCCUCGAUACCGUCGCGGUCCCCCAGUCGGCGAAGCUCUGCGCGGAAGCCAUGUCGACCGAGGGCGGGCGGUACGUCCAGCUACUCCCAGUUCCAUUCCCGCGUGCCGACGUCGAGGUCAUUUUCAUGGACGCCACGACCACCUUGGGGGAACACUACGAGUACGGCAUGGAGAGGAUCCCGGUUCCGGUCGACGCCGACGCUUUCGCGUUUGGAAAGGCGCACGUGCAGACCGUCGAGUUGCUGCUGCAGCAGGGGGAUAUUGGGGGCCACGAGACGGAGAUUGGUGAUGGCGGGCUGGAAGGAGUGUUGGAUGGAAUCAAGCGCAUGCGGGAGGGCAGGGUGAGCGGUAGGAAGCUGGUCUACUUGGUCGAAUAG